GCUCGCGGUCAACUAUGAAGUGAUGGGUUUCUUUUCGUCUCGCAGACCAGAGCAGAUUGAAGAGCCCCUUAAUCAUGACGCUACGGUCGUCCAGGUCAUUCGUUCAAGAUUCUAUGGUAGUAAACAGAAAGGCAAAGGUCGCGAAACAGAUACAUCUUAUACCUCAUCCAUUCACUCUGAAAUCGCCAAUAAUCCCGAUAACCAAACCUCUCAUGACUUAGGCAGUCUUUCCAAGGCUGAACGACAACCGACGUCCCCAUCCGCCGUGCGACCACGACCCUCAAACCUUUCUCUCUCGACCGAGAAGCCGCGACCGACGACGGAUGUCAUCACGAUAUCACUUGCCCAACGCUUGGACGAGCUUGCUACUGCGAACACACAAGGGCUUCUGGACAACGAUGAAUACCGCUUGCUUCGCCAGAAUCUCUUUGAACGCCUCGCAGGGGGUUCAAGCAUCCCGACGGAGACACCGCUAGUCCCUGUGGCAGGCCCACCAAAGACACCGUUAUCUGCGCAUACGCGACACACACUCUCCAACUUCCAUGUUCAGGCACCAAGAACACCAUCCAUAGCAUCGAAGAAAUCGUUCCAGUCGACUGUAUCUGGGUUUCUGAAACGAACGACAAGCAAGAAACGGAAUUCCCUAGCCCUUGAUACGGCGGGAAGCGACGCAAGCAGUAUGCGUAGCGUACCAGUUUCGCCGUCAUUGACGAAGCGAACCAGCGACAGUUCGUUGCGGAAGUCGCGGCCAAGCACGACUCACGACGGAGACCCCUUUGGAUCCCCUCGCCGCACACCGGUAUCGAAGAUAUUUCGAUCUGACACACGAAGUAUCAGGCGUGCACCUUCUCUCCCACCCUCAUCGUUUCCCACACAAGCACUCAGUGCUGAAGCGCGAAUAGUGCAGAUGAGCGCUGCCAGUACCCUGGAGGAUGACGAUGAGCGGCUACAGACGGCGAAGGAGAUAAGGCAAGAGAUCGAAUUGGUAGAAGCAGAAGGACGGCGGCUCCUGGAUGCUUUCAAUGGGCUCGAACUUAGCACGCUAGUUCGUCGGCAACGAGCGCCUGGGCGUUCCCCACUAGCGGCGGCGUCAGGAAUGAUAUCUUCCCCGAUCGAGGCGAACGCUUGUUCUCCAACGCCAUCCUUGCGAACAGGAAGGGACCCAGACGCGAUGUCCGUCGUCUCUGCACACUCAGGGUUCUCGCAAACGCGCUCGCCGUCUGUCAAGAGCCGUAUGCGCCAGCUGAACGCAAGCGCGAGCGCGCCGGUGUUCCAGCCAGUGUCCCUCGGACGGAAGACAUCUAUGUCAUCGGUCUCGACGCGCAGCCGGAGUGGAACGGCGCCCUCGCACCAAAACUCGCUUGGGCGGCACAAGUUGGGAAGCACAUCGAGCGUCAACCUGACGCGAAGCACGGGACACCUGCCGCUUCCGACGUUGAGCGAGCACGAGGGACCCUAUAUCUCGUCGCCACUACGAUCCGCGGCGACGACGCAGUCUAGUGUGGAUAACGGCACCCAGGACGACGACCUCGCGGGGCUCGAGGCGGAGAUGGCGGACAUUCGCAAGCGGCGGACGGAGGUGACUGCGCGGUACGAAGCGCGGAUCGAGUACCUCCGCGCGCGUUUGAAGGGAGCGGAGUUGCGAGAUAAGUUGAUGAAGAAGUGAUCUAUUGUUCUUCGGGUUUAAUCACGGACAGUCUCUCUGUGGGGGACACUUCAUGACGGCUGGAAUUUUUUUUGACGACUUACCAUACAGUAGUAACGCAUAUACCCCGUAUAAUGUUUUAGAGACUUUGCUAAUAUGCAGACUUCGAGUAGCUCG